AUGGACUUUGUCAUGGGUUUGCCUCGUACUCAGCGUGGUAAUGAUUCUAUCUUUGUUGUGGUGGAUCAUUUUUCUAAAAUGGCACAUUUUGUCCCAUGCAAAAAGACUACUGAUGCGCUACAAGUGGCUCGGCUUUUCUUCCGAGAGAUUUAUCGACUUCAUGGUCUUCCAUUGUCGAUUGUAUCUGAUCGAGACUCGCGUUUAUUAAGUCACUUUUGGCGUUCGUUAUGGCGACUGUUAUACACAAGUUUGGACAUGAGUUCGGCGCAUCAUCCUCAGUCCGAUGGCCAGACAGAGGUUAUCAAUCGUUCACUUGGAGAUUUGUUGCGCUGUUUGGUGGGUGAUAAUAUCAAAACUUGGGAUGAUAUUUUGUGUAAGGCUGAGUUUGCCCAUAAUCAUGCCAUCAAUAGGAGUACAAGUUUUUGUCCAUUUCGCAUUGUUUAUGGACUGGUUCCGCACGGUCCAGUGGAUCUUGGCCUUGCUCCGGAUUUGAGUCGUGAGAAUGUUCAAGCAACAGAGCUGGUUGGAUCUUUAUCUCACAUCCAUGGUCAGGUUCACGACAAUUUGCAGGUUUCUUCAGCCAAGUACAAAGUGGCCGCUGAUCGACAUAAGCGGGAUUUUCAAUUCAAAGUAGGCGCUUCAUCAGCUGUGGAAUCAGGUGACGGUAUUACAUACAUAAUUGAUGGGAAGCUCUGCGAGAGGCAAUCUGUUGUGUCAUGAGUAUCAGCACUUGAGACUGGUUUAAAGAUCCUUUCCAAAAACAGAAAGCCAAAAGAGUCAAUACAGAUAGAAGACAAGGACAUAACUUAGUUGGGCCGGAGACAACGGCAUGUUGAAAUUUUAACAUGGAACAUCUGACAAUCGAAAGGUUUAGCUUAUUUUCUCAGUUGGAGAACUUUAAGAUUGGUAUCAGAUGUCAUCUUGAUAUUUUCUGCACCAAAAACUCAGUGGGCACAAGUGUUAAGAAGUCUGCCAUUUUCAGCUGAGACUGACGAUGGUAUAUUCUUGGAAAAUAUCGAGCUAUUGUUACUAGGACGCUUAGCAAGCAGAUGGACUCAAUUAAUCGAAGGUGUCGUUAGUUCUUACAAAUCUGUCACUUUGUCAGAACAAUACGAGGAUUUAUGAAAGCUUCUACCUCAAAGAUCGAAAAGCUUAAAACAAAACGAGAUCCCUUUGAGUUCAAAGGUUGAAGAGAUUCUUGAGUAUUUCACAGAAAUGUUGGAGAAUCUUUUUCACCUCGGGGAAUUGCCUUCUGCCCUUACCGCAGCUGCAAUUCCAUCAUGGUCAUCCGUGGUUGAUAUGUAUUUUGGUGAAAUGGAGAAACAGUUGAAACUAGACGUCUCAACAACAGCAAGGUUAAUUUUCUCCCCAAGCAUGAGUUGCACAUAAGUUCUUGAAUCUAACAGAAGCU